AUGAAGUUUGUGGCACUCAUCUCCGGGGGAAAAGAUUCGUUCUACAAUAUCUUACAUUGUGUCGCCAAUGGGCACGAGUUGGCAGCUUUGGCCAAUUUGCACCCUAAAGAUGCUGGUGUAGACGAAUUGGAUUCGUUCAUGUUUCAGACUGUUGGUCAUGAUGUCAUAGACUUUUAUUCGGAAUGUCUUGGUGGAAUUCCGUUAUUCAGACAUGCAAUUAAGGGAUCAUCGUCUAAUGUGCAAUUGGAGUAUUCUCCAACUGAGGCCGAUGAAAUCGAGGAUCUCUAUGAAUUAUUGAAAAAGGUGAAGGAAAGUAUUCCUGAAGUAGAAGCUGUAUCUUGUGGAGCAAUUUUAUCCCAUUAUCAAAGAACAAGAGUUGAGAAUGUCUGUGAUCGAUUGGGCUUGACCUCUUUGGCCUAUCUCUGGCAGAGAAACCAAGAGGAGCUCAUGAGAGAGAUGUGCGCACUGGGGUUGGAGGCUCGCCUCAUUAAGGUUGCAGCUGUGGGACUUGAGGAGAAACAUUUGGGCUUGCUGCUUCUGGAAGCUUUGCCAACCCUUUUGAAACUCAAGGCUAUGUAUGAUGUCCAUGUCUGUGGAGAGGGUGGAGAAUUUGAGUCUUUGGUGUUUAAUGCUCCAAAUUUCGUCAAGAAACUUGUCAAAACAAACCUGGAGAUUAGAUCGGACUCCUCCGAUACUCUGUAUCUACGAUUGGCGGUGGAAGUAGUGCCUAAAGACGACAAAAUUGAUGAAGGAUUGCCAACAAUACCUCCACUUCUUUCUGAAGAAUUCGCUGAGAUCUCGGAUAGUCUAGUCCUUUCAGGUAAUGCGAGUGAAAAUACUCUGCCAAUGAGUUAUGAAGGGGACGCAUUCACAAUCCGAACUUCAGAAACAGCUUCCAAAGUGUUUAUCUGCAAUGUGAGUAGCACUCUGCCCUCUGUUGAAGCUCAGACAGAAGAUGUAUUGAAUCAGAUUGAAGCUCUUCUACAGGAGAGAGGAGCUGAGAUCUUCGAUAUCCAACAUAUGACCGUUUUGGUGAGCGACAUGAAAGACUUUGCAGCAAUAAAUGGCGUUUACCUGGGUCAUUUCAUUGCAAAAUUCCUUCCGCCCUCUCGAGUUUGUGUAGAGACAACGUUACCAGCUCAAUCAAAGGUCGUUAUGUCGUGCACAGUUUUGAAGCAAGGGUCCGACAGGCUGGGUAUACAUAUCAGAUCCAGAUCAUAUUGGGCACCGCAAAAUAUUGGACCCUACUCGCAAGCCAUCGUGGAAUCUGUGGCCACCCAUAAGACCGCUUCUUUAUCAGGUCAGAUUCCUUUGGUGCCAUCUUCCAUGGCUCUAGUUGGAAAUGAGUCGCGAAGUGUCAUGCAUGUAUUGGCACUUCAGCAUUUGCAUCGUGUAAUGGAAUUGAUUAAUGUCAAGAAGAUCGCCAACAUCAUUUGUUAUGUGACUGACGCAUCAGCUGUUGAGAAUAUAGUCGAACUAUGGAGUUCUUACGUCGAUCAAUUCUUGAGUCAAAAAGAUCAGAGGAAACUCUCUAUUGUUCAAACAACCGCUCUUCCCCGAGGUGCCUCUGUUGAGUGGGGUGGGCUGGCCUACGAAAUAAUUGACCAAUACGACGAUGAAGACGAUGUAGCUGACCAAUUAGCUCAGUUGAACUGCAAAGCCUCCUGUCUUGAUGAAGAUCUUGUGUCUGAGUCUGCUUUUGGUCCGAAUCUCAGCCUGCUAUUCAGCGUUAACGAUGAAAACAGCCUAAGCACUUUCUUAAACAACGAAAAGGUUGCAGCCACGCAGGUUUCAGUAAUGGCAACCUUGCAAGACAUUGCAGCAUUAAUUGAACUUGGAUGUUCAGCUGAGUGGGUACCGGUUCUUGGCACUUGGAACUUCCAAGGACUCAAGCAGAAAUAUAGUGUUAUCUGGGAGAGAUGA